GUCUGUAAUUCAAUAUCAUGCUUAGAAUUUUCAUACUUGAUUACCUAGUUUUAACUGCAGCUCUUCUAGAUUACUCACUUAUUAAAGAGUUUUCACGUCGAGAAAAAACAAACACCAUGGUUUUGCUAUAUUGCAACAUGUCAGAAACAAUAGAAGCAUUCAGGCAUCUAAGUAAGAAUUUUUCAGGAUCAAUUCAUGCGCUUGAGCAAGGUGGCACACAAUUUAUCAACAAUCAUCACCUUUAUAUGGCGACUCAGCAUUUCCGGCUAUCGGUGAUAGCUGAUUUAAGCUGUCCGGCAAGUGUUGAUUUGUUGGACAUUUGCUCUGAAAAUUGGUACUUUAACGGAUCGUACCGUUGGCUUCUUGUAAGCGCCGAUACCAAAGACUUAACUUUUAAACUUAUGAAGAAUCAAAACCUCAACAUCGAUUCUCGUGUAACUUUAGCAAUGGCAAGUUUUGAAUCAGAAGCGGAAGAAGCUCAAUAUGAAAUUUUUGAGGUUUACGGUACGGUGAAAAAACGUGGUGGUAAAACUCAUGUAGUUAACGUGGGAUUUUGGAACAGUGCUGUUGAUCACGAGUGGAACUGUAGUACAUAUUCUUAUCGUACUAGAAGCAAUUUUGGUGGAAUUAAACUAAGGUCAAUUGUAUCUGUUUUGGGUGCUCCACAUAAAAUUACAAUGGAUAACUACUUGAGCUUAACGGAACCUGCAAAGAACUACGUGGCAAAUCGUCUUGGAUAUCGCACGGUGAAACUAUUAGGUGUUCUUCUAAAUUUUAGAGUUGUACACAUUCUAACCACCGAAUGGGGCUUCGAUGUAGUCGGAACCAACUCAACCAAAGGCAUUAUCGGUCAACUGCAGCAGAAUCUUGUAGAUCUGUCGUCGGCUCCACUAGCAAUCACUUCAGAGCGGAUGCAAUCCUUCGACCAAACCAUCGAUUUGGUGACCCGAAGAAUUAUCACAAUUUUCAGACAUCCUAAAAAUGGGGGAUCAAGAAAUAUUUUUCUACAUCCCUUCCAGAAUAUGCUCUGGUUUGGAAUAAUUCUAGUUCUGCUAUUUUCGAGUGGUUUUCUUCUUUUUAGUUGUUUCGUAAAACGACAAAGGAGUCAAGGUAGAUGUUCUCAUUUUUUGCUGCUAGUUUUUGGAUUUUUCUGCCAGCAAAGUUAUGCUGGGUCAACGGCGAUUUCCCCUUCACGAAUGGUGCUUCUCACGAUGUUGCUGUUCUCAUUGACGGUUUACCAGUUUUAUUCGUGUUUUAUUAUUGGCUAUUUGCUGGUAUUACCCCCCAAAAAUAUCCGAACAAUUGAGCAGCUGAUUGAAAGCAACUUGGGAUUUUCCAUCGAAGAUGUUCCAUACAACCGGGAUUACUUCAACAGAACAAAAAAUCCACUUGCUCGUGAGCUGUACGAGAAGAAAGUUCUUAACAGUGAUGUUGGAUUCAUAAACGUAAGCUUGGGAGUUGAUCUUAUCAAACGAGGAAAGCAUGCGUUUCACUGUGACACUUCCUACGUCAACACCUGGAUUAUGGAAUCAUUCAGCGAUUACGAGCAGUGUGAGCUUCAGGAAAUUGAAACCUAUCCCACAAGGCCGCUUCAAAUUGUGAUCCCAAAGGGAAGUCCGCUGAAGGAACCGUUUCGGGUUUCGAUACGGCUCAUGAUGGACACCGGACUGGUGCAAUACUACCGAAGGAAGUUUUUCAUGAAACGACCUCCCUGUUCGACCGAUAGCUUCGCCACGGUUAGGGUGGGAUUCUGGGAUAUUGCGAGUCUGUUUUGGCUGUUGGUGGCUGGGUUUACGAUUAGUAUCUUUGUGUUGGCGGUAGAAAUUUUGGAAUUCCGUGUGAGGAUGCAUUUUUGGGAUAAGGAAUUUUUGAAGCAUUAUACUGGUUGGCACAAUUAAAUAAAUUAUUUGAAACAGUUUA